UCUUUUUUUCUUUUUUCUUUCUUCUUUCUUUCUUUUCUUUCCUUUUCUUUCUUUUUUUCCCCUCCCAUAAACAAGUUGUAUCCUGGAAGUCAAAAGCCAGGACUUUGUGCAACACCAGAGAGGAUGGUGUUUAUGUAUUCACAAAGCAGAACCCAGAAGAAAGGGCUUCUUUUAAGCAGUCAAGAUUGCUGCAUUUCGCUAAUGCGUAACUAAUGUGCAGUACUUUAUCAGUUCAUCAGGUUUACAAGUCAUAUACAAGUCUUUGCACUGAAAAAUUGUCUAGGCUUCUGCUUAUAUGACCCAACAAUCCUAGUGGCAUACUUUUCAUAAGGCUUGAUCCAGGAACACUGAAUUUGUGAGGCUUUCUGCGGCCUAUUGGGUUUUGGAUCAGGCACAUACAGAGCUUUGGUAUGAAGUUAGCACUUCACUAAAUGAGCUAGAAGUAGCAGCUCUUGUUUUCCUGAGUCAAUUACAUACCAGUCUUCAGUUUGCUCUGAAAAAUGUGAAGAAAGCAAUCGCUUUCAUGUAAGGCGUGCAAAUCUUCUUGAUGUUUUUCCCUUCUGCACCUUUUUAUUCAGCUCCUCUGGCCAUUUCAAAUGUUGUGGUUGAGAGACAGAUUUAUCACUCUCAUCUCUCACUGGUUGUGAUUUAUUGGCUGUGGAACAGCAGCAUCCCUCUGAGAAAUAUUGCAGAGAUGUGAGCAGAAGCAACCUUGCAAGGGGUUAACGCUGUAAUCUUUUUCUGGUCUGUUUAUAAUCCCAACAGUAGGCCAGUAGCAGAAGAGGGUGGAUCUAAAAAAGUACAGGAGGGGAUGUGUGCUUAUGUGCAUAUGUGUGAAUAGUGUCUGUGUGCAUGCCUGCUCUGCUAAACUGCUCACAUGCCACUGACAUAAAUCUGUUUUCAGGCUGACCAGGGUGUUCCUGACGGAUGGUUAAAGAGCUUACUUCUAGCACUGCCUCUCUGGUAUUCCUCUGAAGACUUCAUUCAGAAAGAUAUUGUUUACUGAAAGAAUGGGCAGAUAGUUACAAGCCAGCCCUCUUCUUCCUAGACGCUAACCUGUGGAUCCUGAAGGAUGGAAAUAGUUGAAGCGAGCUUACUUGAGAACGGCACCAAUAUCACUGCUUUCCUGUGUGAUAUCCUCUUGGAAAAUGACACUUUUUUCUGUGCGGAUGAUCCACCUUAUUCUUCUAGAGAUUUGCACCAGAUAAUCCGGAUUCUGCUGUACUGUUUGAUAUUUCUGCUCAGUGUUUUGGGGAACAUUCUGGUAAUCACAGUGCUGAUACGAAACAAACGGAUGAGAACAGUCACUAACGUUAUGCUGUCACUGGCUGUCAGCGACCUGAUGCUCUGCCUCUUCUGCAUGCCAUUCACUCUCAUUCCCAACCUGCUGAAAGAUUUUAUUUUCGGGAGUGCUGUUUGCAAAACUGCCACUUAUUUCAUGGGCAUCUCUGUAAGUGUAUCUACAUUCAACCUGGUUGCCAUCUCUCUGGAGAGAUACAGUGCCAUUUGCAAACCUCUACAGUCCAGGGUCUGGCAGACCAAAUCUCACGCCUUGAAAGUGAUUGCUGCUAUGUGUGUUUCCUUUACUAUCAUGUCACCAUACCCAAUUUACAGCAAACUGGUACCUUUUACCAAGUAUAACAACAGCACAGCAAACAUGUGUCGGCUCCUUUGGCCAAGUGAUGUCAUUCAGCAGUCUGUUGGAACUGGGAACAAGAUUACAGUACGCACCACUCCAGCAUGGCGUACCCCCAGACACAGUAAAGUUGCAUUUAAGUUUUCAGUAGUCUCAGGAAUUCGCCAGUAUGAGCGCAGGUGGGGAGGACGGUCGCAGGGCGAACUUCCCUUCUGCACGGCACCCUUGCAGACUCUCCGCUGUGCAAACGAGUUUGCACCAAAGCCCCAGCGAGCAGGAGAGAUGUGGGAUCUUGAGGUGUCUAAACAGAAUGAUUUCCCCAAGUACACUUUCCUGCUACUCAUACUCUCUAUACCUGGGAUUAUAAUGAUGGUUGCAUAUGGCCUAAUUUCUUUGGAACUGUACAGAGGAAUAAAAUUUGACGCCAGCCAGAGAAAAUCUCCAAGAGAAAGGAAAAUAAGUACCAGCAGUGCCAAAUACGAGGAUGGGGACGGAUGCUACCUGCAAAAAUCCAAAAGGAAAAGGAAAGUGCCAUUGCAACAGCUCUCUGCUCUGAGCAACAGCAAAAUAGACAGGGCAAGAAGCAGCAGCUCUUCUGCCAACUUGAUGGCCAAGAAACUCGUCAUCCGCAUGUUGAUGGUGAUAGUGAUUUUGUUUUUCCUUUGCUGGACUCCCAUUUUCAGUGUAAAUGCCUGGCGCGCCUUUGACACCACCUCAGCAGACCUGCAUCUCUCGGGAGCUCCCAUCUCCUUUAUUCACUUGUUGUCCUACACUUCUGCCUGCGUGAACCCUAUCAUAUAUUGCUUCAUGAACAAGCGUUUCCGCAUGGGCUUUCUAGCCACUUUCGCCUGCUGCGCUAAGCAAAAGCCUCCUGCAAUAAAAGAUGUUGGCGAUGAAGAGGAGGGGAAGACAACACGGGCUUCGCUCUCCAAAUGUUCUUACACAACAUGAACGUACCUGCACCUCCGUGAGCUGCAUCAGAAGAGGCUGCAAGUGCCCUGCAGAAAUUCAGGUGGUUAUCGUCUGGUGGGGAAAGUGACUGUGGCAUCAGCUGAACAUGAUUUAGUUCUGAGGUAAUGAAACACUUCAGCUGACAGUAAAUGUGGUGAGAAUUGAAAUGAAUGCUAUCCUUCUCCGAGCUUUAUAUCACUUUCCUUUCAAAAGUACAAAGGAGAAAGAGGGCUCUUUGAAGAUAGGGACUUUAUACAAAGCCUUAAAAGGUGGUCAUAAAUUUAUUUGUCAUAAAUUCUCCUGUAAUAAAACUGGCGUCCUUAACAUCAACAGUUUAGCUCCAUUUUCAGCUGCAGUUCUGAGUAUCUCUUAAAAUUUCCAAGAUGCUAGUGGAUUCUCCUCAAACAUAAAUACAUGUAUUACAGUGUUUACUUCAAUAUCUCUGCCUUAUAAUCAAAAUCUUUCAGUUACAUUUGUAGUAUAUUUUUUCACAUUGUUCCAGCUGAACUAAUACGUGUUGAGAUCAUUCUGCUGUCACAGUCAAUUAAAAGAAUUUCGGUGUGGGGAGAAUGGGCUUGUCCAUGUGAAAAUAAUGCUUUUAUGUAAAAUAAUUUCAUCCUUUUUUUUUUAAUAAAAUGAAAAUAAAUAUUGAUGACUUUAAGUGU